UACGGAGGGAGUACUAACAUUGUUUGAGGAGCUGCGUGUUGUGGUAUUAGUGGUAACGAUUUAAGCUAAAAAGCCCCUUACACGGCGCCCAAGAAUCUGCUCACGACUGGGUCUAUUUUCGCACGGCGCAGGGUAUCGACGACGGCAGUGGCGAGAGCUCCUCCGUGUGUGUGUGUGAGUGAGUGAUUGCUCGGCUUGCUAGUAACGAGGGUAAGCGUAUGGCCAUGGCUCCCGCGACACCGCGCCCGCGGCCGGCGGCGCCGCGUUGAUCUCCCUCCUCCGGCCGUCAUUUCAACCGCCGAGACCAGAUCUGGGCUGCUCUCCGCGUCGUCUCUCAGCUGCACUCCCUCUCCCCUUCAGGCUCUCGAAGCUCUGCUCAUGGCCCUCGUGUCCGCGUCGUCAUCUCCGACUCCGUCGGAAGCACUGGCCGCGGCUGCUCUUGCCUCCCGCAUGGCCGCCUCGGCAGCUGGCGGCCGUCUGUCCCGUGCUGGGCUCCCGCCGAGGCCAGAUGUGGCAGCACCUCCGAUGGCGCAGUCGGGCAUGCGCUCUCUGCCUCGCCCCCGGCUUCCUCCGACCGGUGUCGCCGCGUUUUCCGCCCUGGACGCGGCGCGUGCUGCUCCAAAUCGUGCUCCUGGCCUGCUGGUUGGAGGGCUUGGAUCCCCUGCCUCCGCUGACUCUGCUCCUGGCAUCACCACGCCGUCAGCCCCAAAUUUUUUUGUGGGCGCAUCGUCCCCAACUCCUGCCAGCAUUGCUACGGUGUCCCUCCUGUAGAAGUGGCGCCAUCCCCAACUCCUGUCAGUGUUGUGCCGGGUCUGAACAAGGCGUGGCAUGUUUCGUGGAGCUUCCUUACCGACGAUGAAGAUGACGAGGAUGAUGAUGUGCUGGCCUCGCCGACUCCGCCGCCGGCUUCUAAAUCCUCAGUUUCGGCAGCUCGGCCGGGCAUGGCAUGUGAUGCGGAUUCAUGCAGUGGUUGGGAAAAGGUGCUGCCGCGAUGUAACGUGCAAUGCCCGGUGUCACUAGGCCCUGCACUGGCUCCCCGUCCUAUCCCCGCUUGGCUUCAUGGUAGAUGUUGCAGAUGCCUCUAUCCUGGACACCGUGCAGCGGAGUGUUGAGAUCCUUUUAGGUGUUCUCGAUGCCUUGAGAAUGGUCAUCAAGCGUGUGGGUGCCGCAAUGCCUGGUGUCCCCUCAGCUUUUUGGGAAGCCCUACUUUGUCGCCAUUGCCCCGCCUCCCUGUCGGACACCAACAAGCUUCAGUUCCUCGUAAGGUCCAGAAAGAUGUCGUGCCCCUCUCGAAGACGUUUGGUCAUGAUUCUUGGGCAUCGAUCGUUGUUGCUCCUGUUGGCUUUGUGGCCUCGGCGAUAUCCCAGUGCGGCCUGCCUUGGAGAGGCAGGCCGAGCUGUUGCGCUCUGAGCUCCUUGAUAUGGCUUCCUUCCGACUUGAGGAGACGGUCCAGCCUCUGCGUGAUGUCGUUGACUCCAUGCAAGGUUGGAUGUUGCGGAUGGAGAGCUUCAUGGAGCGAGUUGAGGCUGCACUAGGAGGGCUCUCCUUGGCACCGCCUGUGUUGCAGAGUGCUCAUGUGUUGCGCCCUUUGGUUGUGCCUGAUGGCAGCUUCGAGGUUGAGAGGGGAGACGAGCUUCAUGGUUGCUUCUCCCCUCGUGCUAGAGCCAGCUCGCCGUCGUCGGCCUAUGAGGGUCUAGGCAAUGAUGUGGUUGUGACUCCGGUGUUGUAGAUCAUGCCUGAGCUUCAGGAGCUGUGUGGGGGCUCGGUUCUGCCUCUGUCCGUCGAACAACCGAAGGUAGACCCUCCUGAGAUCUCAAUUGUGGCUUUGUCGCCAGCAUCACCCCUGGAGUCUAGCCAGAUACUUGAUGCUGAGGAGUGUGGUGAUUUGGAUGCUUCAAUCUCUCGAUCUCCUAAGUCCAUUGGGUGUCAGGCGUCAACCAGUCUACCCUUUGGUGUCAUGGAGCACGGAGUUUUGGAUGUUGCUGAUGUUCCCUCGUUUGCAACCAUGGAGCAGGUGAUGCCUGUGAGUGACAUGACCAUUGAGCCAAGUGUGUUGGCACCUACUCCAAAUCUAGAUGCUCUCUUUGCGAAGGAACUUUGUGACUUACUCGCCAGUGUGGAGGUUGGUAGACCUGGUUUGGGUAGGUCGAUUGCUUGCCCCUUGACGGGGACACCAAAAAGGGCCAAACAAAAGAAGGUGGGCAAAGGAAAGAGUGGCGUCAUGGGCAAGGCGUCUCUCUCUCGCUGCUUGAUGGAUGCCAUUCGAUCUCUCGGCCUAUCCGUUUUGAUUGGGUUGUUAUUGUGGGUUGGGAGGUGCCUGAUGUCUUGUGUCGAGUUGUUUUUGUCGGGGGUCUCUUGGCGUAGUAGCAAUGUCGGGGUUUGUGGAUGUUGUGUAUUCAGAAAGCCUGGGAGGGACCGCAUGUGCUGUUGUGGGGUUUCUUGCCAUGUGAGGAGUUAGUCCGUGCUUCAUUUGUAUUGGUUUUCGCCCGGUUUUCCGUAAAAUAACUGGGCAAUUCUCUUCUUCUUAAUUAAUCGACGAGGCAAAACUUUUGCCUCCGUUUUGAAAAAAAGAAAAGAACGAAACCUGGAACAAUAGUUG